CUUUGGGUCUGGGGCGGUGCUGUCCUGUUCGUGGUCUAGAUUCGAAAAUUUGUACCAAAAGAAACCCACUCACCCAGGACCCCAGGAGUGACGUCCCAGUUUCGGGUGUGCUACGUGCAAAAAGUUUCGGUGCGGUUCAGAGUGCGGAGGGUGCCGCAAAGCGGGCGGGAGAAAGUGAAAUUUCGCCAUGGUAACAGUGUCGACGGUUCCGAGCCGAACCUUCACCCGGUUGGUCCUGCUGCUGGCACUGCUGUGCCGGGGCGGGCUGGGUCGCGAUCCACCGACCGUCACCAUCCCCGACCAGGGCACGGUGAUGGGCAUGUACAUGAAGAUGUUCCGGACGCAGCGGGUCGUCGCGUACCUGGGCAUUCCGUACGCGCAGGCACCGGUCAACGAGAAGCGCUUCACGCCGCCGGUAGUGGACAAUCUGCCCAGCUGGGAGGGCGUGAAGAAUGCGACCAGCUCGGCGCCGCACUGUUGGCACAUGCCGCGCGACACCCACCGGCGACACAACCAGCUGUUUAUGGAGCUGAUCCGGUCGGGCGACGACGGUGGUGGAGGCGAUGGUGGCGGUGACCGGCAGUACGACGAGGACUGUCUGUUUCUGAACAUCUACAUUCCGGACUCAACGAUGCCAACGGACGGGUACUCGGUGCUGGUUACCUUUCCGACCGGCGACUUUGACGGCGACACGCCCUUCACGUUAAAUCCAUUCCAGAUGGUGUUCAAGCAGAAGAUCAUCGUCGUGACGGUGGCCUACCGGUUGGGCAUCUUCGGGUUCUUCACCAGCAUGGACGGGGAGGCACCGGGUAACUUCGGCCUGAUGGACCAGUCGGCCGCGCUGCUCUGGAUCAAGCGCAACAUCCGGCUGUUCAACGGGAACGAGGGUUCGGUCACGAUCAUGGGCCACGGUACGGGGGCGGUCUGCGUCGGUCUGCACCUCACGUCCGGCGACUGGACGGACGACAUGUUCCACAAGGCCAUCCUGAUGUCCGGCAGUCUGCUGCUCGACUCGAGCGUCCGCACCGCCAAGCAAUAUGCAUCCUCUUUGGACGAGCUGGCGACCGCCUUCGGGUGCUUCCGUCGGCCGACCACAAAGCUGAUGGAUUGCUUGCGGCGAGUCGACGCACAGAUCCUGGCCGAGAACUCGCCCCCCAUCGACUGGGGCCCGGUCAUCGACCAGGGCCUGAGCAACACGACCACACCCUUUAUCCCGGACCACCCGAACAUGCUGGUGCAUCAGGGCAAGCUGCGCCGGGUGCCGCUGCUGAUCGGCCACACCGACAUGGAGGAGGUGCUGGAGCUGACGAUGGGCGACAUGCUCGAGCACGGGCUGGGCGCGGAGAUGUUCGACACGCUGCUUGGCGACGUCGUCAUGAGCGAUCUGGCCGAGAUGGAGUUCAACGAGACGCUGUGCGGCGGCAACAUGGACAUCGUGAUGGAGGCGGUCCAGUAUCAGUACAAACCGUACCCGCCGACGACCGAGCCGCUCGCGCUGCGCCGGAAGUACAUCGAGUUUGCAACGGAGCGCAAGUACGUCGCGCCGACGAUCGAGCUGGCGAUGCACAUGAGCCAGCAGGCGGACACGUUCGUGUACCGGUUCGACAUCAAGCCGCGGACGGCCGCCGCACUGAAGGACGUGCCCGAGUGGGUCGGCGUGCCGCACAACUUCGAGCUGAUCUUCCUGUGGGGCCUGCCGUACUGGCUCGCCCUCGCCGACCAGAUGCAGUGGGACAGUGCGGACAAGCGGGUGGCCGACAUCGUGAUGACGCUGUGGGCCAACUUUGCCAAGUUCACCAACCCGACGCAGGUGGGCGUGUACAUCCGGUGGGAGAAGUUCACCGUUACCGAGCCGGGCGUGCUGAUCAUCGACCGGUCGUUCAACAUGAGCGACCACACGACGAUGAGCUUCGAUGCGGUCAAGUUCUGGAACCACUACUACCCGAGCGUCAUCAACUUUGCCGCCCAGUGCUGCAACGCGACGUACAACGGGGCCGAGCGGGGUGCGCCACUGAGUGGCAGCCUCGUGGCCGGGCUGCUGCUAGCCAACCUUAUCCUGUUACAAUCAUUCGUUCACCUGCACUCGCGGACACACGUUGCCUCGCGGACGUAGUAAGGGUACGGGGGGUGGUGCUGAAGAUGGUCGGCGUUUUUUUUGUAAUAAAUCACUCUCCUGUACAUAGCGGAAUUGGGUGGGCGGGUG